UUUUCCCAUAAAAAAAGGGUCGACCCCAAGCCUGUAUGGCUGUAUCUUCUCAGGGACAAGGGAUAGCUGCGCAUUCAUCUCUUCUCAAUUCUCAUUAAAAAAGCGAACUACUGAUCAGUGAACGCUUGCAUUCCGACCCUUCCCUUCUGUUCCCGUGGAGAACAAGAAAGGGAAGAGGAUCUCGAAAAGAGAGGAUGAAGCAGAUGCCGAUUUGUACUCCUGCUGAAUCAGGGAGCAGCAGCAAAGCAUGGAUUGUGCAUAGUUUGGUUGCCGGAGUUGCAAUAGCAGCGGCAGUCGGAGCUCACUUCGUCUUCGCCAAUCGUCUACUUGGACUUGGCAAAUUCCGAAGCCGGGUUGUCGGAAUAAUACCGGCCCGCUACGCUUCCUCGCGAUUUGAAGGCAAGCCCCUCGCUCAAAUCCUCGGAAAGCCCAUGAUCCAGAGAACAUGGGAAAGAGCAAAGCUGGCAACGACGUUGGACCACAUAGUUGUGGCAACGGAUGAUGAAAGGAUUGCAGAAUGCUGUCGGGGAUUUGGAGCUGAUGUCAUAAUGACUUCGGAAUCUUGCCGAAAUGGCACAGAGCGCUGUAAUGAGGCACUCCAAAAGCUUGAGAAGAAGUAUGAUAUUGUUGUCAAUAUUCAAGGGGAUGAGCCUCUUAUUGAACCUGAGAUAAUAGAUGGGGUCGUCAAAGCUCUACAGGGAGCACCUGAUGCAGUCUUUAGUACUGCUGUUACAUCUUUGAAACCUGAAGAUGCAUCUGAUCCAAAUCGAGUGAAAUGUGUGGUGGAUAAUCAUGGUUAUGCAAUAUAUUUUUCAAGGGGAUUGAUUCCUUAUAACAAGUCUGGCAAAUUAAAUCCAAAAUUUCCUUAUUUACUUCAUCUUGGUAUCCAGAGCUAUGAUUCUAAAUUUUUAAAGAUAUAUCCAGAACUUCCACCUACACCAUUACAACUAGAAGAAGAUUUAGAGCAGCUCAAAGUUCUUGAAAAUGGAUACAAGAUGAAGGUGAUCAAGGUGGACCACGAUGCUCAUGGUGUGGAUGCUCCAGAAGAUGUUGAGAAGAUAGAAGCUCUAAUGCGCGAGAGGAACUUAUCUUAGUUCAUGGCAAUUAAAUCAUUGACCACAAGGAAAGGAGCCAAUAAGGACCUCAAAAGAAGGUCUAGCCUUGUGUGUUUUCUUUAUCCCCACGAUGACAAGAGUCAAGGUUCCUUACUGUACCAGAUUCAGAACUGAUACAUGAGUGUGAGUUUUUGUUUUUGUUGUUUGUUACUUAUCCAAUUUUUUACUGGGUUUUGUUAUUGUAGAAUUGAAAGCUAAAACGAUAAUAAAUGGAAAAAAGAAAACAGAAACUUUGAUGUUUGAUGUUCUAGGCUUCUAGAAAACAAGCUUAAACAGUCAGUCAGUCAAUGUGAACAUUCUCAGUUAA